AUGUCUCGCAGGGAUCACAAUGCCCUUCAACUUCCAUGUGGCUACUUAAAUUGUGUGCGCUUCUUCAAGACUCAAGCAGGCCGAACAAAACAUUGGAACUCUGCACACAGAACAUUCACAGUGUCGCAUGCCGCUUCAGUUGAAGACGAGUUUGAAGAUCUACCGGACGAUAUUUUCACCGCUGGCCAUGAUGAUUUUUCACCAGGUGACUAUGGCCUUCCUGCAGGUUCGCCUGACCUUGGUCAGCCAUUUGCGCGUCCUUGUGAUGUAACUGGGCAGUUUCUUGAAGAUGGAGCACCUCCACUGCCACCUCCAGACAAGUCACCUGAUGACUGGACCCCAUACCGGAAUCGCGUUGAAUUUGAGACCGCAGAAUUCCUGUACACGCGCAACCAGAUGUCUGCCGGGAACAUCAACAUAUUAUUGGACCUUUGGGCUGCAACUCUCCUCAAGCACAACGACAAGCCACCAUUCGCAGACUGCCAUGAUUUGUACAAAACUAUUGACAGUACACCGUCUUUCAAGGUCCAGUAUACUGGGGAGAAACUGGCACACAACAUACCACCCUGGAUGGAUCAACCUUAUGAUGUCUGGUAUCACGAUCCUCACGAGGUUGUUCGUAGCAUGUUGGCGAAUCCAGAAUACGCAAUGGAAAUGGACUACCAACCCUACUGUGAGUACUUGACUGAUAGUGACGAGUGCCAAUGGCAGGACUUCAUGUCCAGUGACUGGGCUUGGAACCAAGCGGAUAUUAUUUCCGAAGAUCCUGAAACGCUUGGCUCAAUGUUUGUGCCAGUCGUACUCGGGAGCGACAAGACAACGGUCUCAGUGGCGACUGGUGCUAAUGACUAUUAUCCCCUCUAUGUAUCUAUCGGGAAUGAGCACGCCUCUGACCCACGGUUUCGAAAAUAUCGCUGGCAACUCUUCCAUUCAUCUCUUGCCAAGAUCCUCGAGAACCUAAAGCCCGGCAUGACAAAACCAGAGAUCGUGCGCUUUGGCGAUGGCCACUACCGGUGUGUAAUCUAUGGUCUUGGACCAUAUAUUGCGGAUUAUGAAGAGCAGGCGCUGUUAGCCUGCAUAGUGCGCUUUUGGUGUCCUAGAUGUAUGUCUCACCGUGACGACUUAGAUGCUGCGUCGUUGUGUUGGUGUCGCGACCAUACAGAGGCGCUCGUUGAAGAGAUUGACUAUAGCGCUCUAUGGCUAGAGUAUGGGAUUGUCAGUGAUCUUGUGCCUUUCACAAAUGAUUUUCCUCGAGGCGACAUCCAUGAACUUAUCGCACCAGACAUUCUGCACCAACUUAUCAAAGGAACAUUCAAGGAUCACUUGGUUACAUGGGUCGGUAAGUAUUUGAGACUCGAGCACGGCAAGAAAGAAGCAGAGAGAAUUCAGGAUGAUAUAGACCAAAGGAUCACCACAGUCGCGUCAUUCGCAGGCCUUCGACGUUUCCCGGAAGGCCAAGGGUUCAAGCAAUGGACAGGCGACGACUCGAAGGCGCUCAUGAAGGUUUACCUUCCUGCCAUUCAAGGCCAUGUCCCAACGGAUGUGGUGUGCGCGUUUCGCCCAUUUCUUGAAUUUUGCUAUCUUGUCUGGUGUAAUGUUAUUACAGAAUCUAUGUUGGUUCAAAUUCAAGAGGCUCUCGACCAGUUCCACCAGUACAGGGAAAUAUUGAAGAUAACCGGUGUCAUCCCCAUGUUCUCCCUCCCUCGACAACACUCAUGUUCUCACUAUAUCCUACUCAUCCGACUUUUUGGUGCACCUAAUGGCCUUUGCUCAUCGAUCACGGAAACCAAGCAUAUCAAAGCUGUAAAGGAGCCUUGGAGGCGCUCAAGUCGUUACAAGGCCCUUGGUCAAAUCUUGUUGACCAAUCAGUGCCUUGAUAAGCUUGCAGUGGCGCGGGUUGACUUCAAGAGCCGUGGAAUGUUAAACGGCACCUGCCUAUCAGCAACACUUGAUAAAUUGAGUGAGUUUCUAAAUAUCACGGUGCUACCCUCCAAUGUGGGUGUUACAAUACUGGGUGACAACAAAGAGGGCAAAGUUGAUGACAGCCCAACACUGGUGCAGGCUCAUCAUGCACGCACUCUCCCUGAGUUAUCCACAGAACUCGCCAUUCCCCAUCUCUCUAUUCUCCUCCGUCGAUUUCUAUUCAAACAACUGCACCCAAACGACCAGCGCUCUGCCUCCGAAGUCCCACUCACAGCAUGUCUUCGACCCGACAACAAGAUUCAAGUCUUCAACUCUGCAUGUUCAACAUUCUAUGCACUGAGCGACCACAGUGGGAUUGGAGGAAUGCGGCGAGAGCAUAUUCGUUCCUGUCCCGUUUGGAGAAAUGAGGCACCCCGGUAUGACUGUGUCCUGAGUUAUGUGUUUUUCACCUUCACAUUUGAAGGACACCCAUACCCAUGCGCUGUUGUGCGCUGGUUCAACAAAGCCGAUGAUCAACCUGAUGAAGACACUGGGAUGUGGAUCGUCACUCCUUCAUUUGAUACAGACGAUUCUCUGUCUGUUGGGAUCAUUCAUAUUGACACAAUUUACCGUGCCACACAUCUCAUCCCAAUCUAUGGACCACAGAACGUUUCACGCAACCUCAAGCACUACAACUCGUACGAUGUUUUUCAAGCAUUCUAUGUAAAUAAGUUCGCAGACCAUCAUGCGUUCGAGAUCGCGUCCUAG